GACGGGAAGAGCUAAGUCUCGCGGUCGCCGCGGACGGGAGCUGACUGAGGUCAACUUAAGUCAUGCAGGUUGUAAGAAACGCUGGAUCCUGGCUCUUGCGGUCAUGGGCUUGGCCGCCGAGGACCAGGGUCGUGGCCAGAGUGCCGGCCCCCACCAUCCACAUGAGCGCCCAACAGAUGCAAGACGCAGCAGCCAAGGAGGAGGUUGAGAAGGCGGAGAUUCCGGCUCCAGCUUCGAGCCGCAGCAGCUUCAGCAUUUACCCUCCAUUUCCCGGACAGGAAAGCUCUCUGAGGUGGGCAGGAAAGAAAUUUGAGGAGAUCCCAAUCGCACACAUUAAAGCAUCCUACAACAACACACAGAUCCAGGUGGUCUCGGCUGCUCACCAGCCCCUUGCCCGCGCCUCCUGUGGUACAGAGGGGUUUCGGAAUGCCAAGAAGGGCACGGGCAUCGCAGCACAGACAGCGGGCAUAGCUGCUGCGGCGAAAGCUACAGGGAAAGGCGUGACCCACGUCCGAGUUGUGGUCAAAGGCCUGGGGCCCGGGCGCUUGUCUGCCAUCAAGGGCCUGACCAUGGGGGGCCUGGAAGUGAUCUCAAUCACAGACAACACCCCCAUCCCACACAACGGUUGCCGCCCCAGGAAGGCGCGAAGGCUGUGAGGGCCAGGAAGCCUGCACCUGAUGUCGUCCUGCCUCCAGCUGGGCCUCGUGGAAAACGCACUGUCCAGCCUCUCCAGGCAGGGCUCGUUGAGACCCUGGGGCAGUAAGGGAGACCUUCACCUCCUUACUCGGUGGCCUUUGCUUGUUCUUCUGACGAGAGCAGCGUGGCUAGAAGUGAGGCCAUGCCUCUCUUGGACACGAGGGGAGUUAAAGGGCAGCUUGACCCAGACUCCCAGCAGUAAAUGCUGCUUCUCUUCUGAAAAAAUAAAAUUAUUUCU